AUGGGAGCUGCGGAAUCACAUCUACCUUUACCUCAGCAACGUCGGGGCAGUCGACGCUCCAGUCAUUGCAGCUUUAACGAUGCCGAGUGCCGACUUCGAAAAUCGUAUAGCAAGUUACCCGACGUCAUUGAUUACGGUGAGGAUGCGUUGGACUGCCAGCCGAGGUCGUCUUCGAUCCCGUCGGACAUGAUGGGGAGUGCGCUGAACUUUUUGGCUGACGUCGAGUUCCCGUACGAGAAUGUGGUGUUUGAAGGCGGUGGAAGUCAGGGGACAGCUUACAUUGGGGCUAUUAUGGAGCUGGAACGUCUUGGGCACCUUGAGAAGUUACGUCGUUUUGGAGGUGCUAGCGUGGGUUCCAUCACUGCUGCCUUGCUAGCCGUAGGACACACUUCGGAAAAGUUCCUUGAUGUCAUGAAAAAUGGACCUUUCUUUAACGAUGCACUAGAUGCUAGAUGUGGCCCUUGCAGCAUGGUGCCCAACUUCUUACGUCACCUUGGAUGGCAUCCUGGUAGAUCUUUCUAUCACUGGAUGGGUGAGGUGGUGGAAGAGAAGCUGGGUAACCCGGAUGCUACAUUUCGAGAUCUCUAUGAGGUUACGGGCAAGGAACUCUGUGUGGUGGUCACCAAUCUGAGCUUGAAGAUGGAGGAGUAUUGUCACGUGAAGACCACGCCCCUCUUGCCGAUUAGAGCCGCGGUGAGGAUGUCCAUGGCCAUACCAGGUGAACUAGAACACAGGAAAGAUGGUGGAGGUGUAUUCUUCCCAUUCCAGUGGAGGUACAUUGAUCGUACAGACGUGUAUGUUGAUGGAGGUGUGCUGUGUAACUACCCUGUUCACUGCUUUGAUGGAUGGUGGUUGUCCAUGAAACCAGAGGAUAGUUUUCUGCGAAGGUUACAACCUUUGAACGACGUUGGUAAACUCCUCACCAAGAAAGUCCGAUUUGGAACCUUCAACGAAAAGACCCUUGGUUUUAUUCUGUUCAGCGAUCACGACCAGCACGUCCUGGCGACAAACCCAGCUCUGCUUCCAUCUCCUUCUCCGAUACCAAACACUCGACUAGCAAGAGCACAUCAAACAUUCAUGAAGCAACAUGAGAUGGAACUGAGGAAGCAUCGAAUUAAAACGGACGCCAUGACUCGUUUUGUUAAAGUUCUCAACGAUAAUAACCUAGAUGGAAACGAUAAUAUCGACAUCGGCGAGUUUAGACGAGCUUGUGCUCAGACCAACGAGUUUACAUCGUACCAUGCGAGGGCGCUGUUCGGUGAUCGUUUGAUGUCUGCCACAGAAAUGUUUGAACUUCUGGAUAUCAAUAAGGACGGCAGGUUGGACUAUCACGAGUUGAUGAACCUGGCCGAGUGGAAUGGGGUGGGAAUUCAGACCCAUCUCAUCGGGGCUGGGCGGACGGACAUUAAGAAUCCAACGGAUCUCAUCACAAGUCUUUUCCAGUCGCUCGUGAUGAAUGUCAAGAGAUCGUUCUUAGAGAGUGAUGACAAUGAACGAACAGUCUUGAUCAACACCGUCUACAUGAAGUGUCUGGAUUUUGACGGUGACCCGGAAGACUGGGAAUUUCUUGUUGAGCAAGGCAGACGGGCGCUUCAAGCUUUCUUACACCUCAAGAGGACGCUUGCGGAAAAUACAGGGAAAGAUGACACAGAGAAAUGUAACAUGUAAAAUAAUGGAUGAAUAGAUAAAUAAAUAAAUAGAUACAUUUAGAAAUCGCUAGAUGUAUAGAUAAAGCUGUA